AAAGAAAAUACCAGCAGAUGCAGUCCCUUCGGUCGCACAAGUCCAGAAGAGGUCAGGGAUCCUCCUUCCUUGCCAGAGAGUUGGUUUUGUGCCAAAUUGCUAAAAUGGACAAGACAGGGUCUGAAGAAACGGUUACCCGAAGGAAGGCGAACUAUCCGAGGAGGGUGCCUCCACCUGACGCAGAAUCAACAAGUGCCCCUCAAAAGUUGGUUUUGGACAACACAGGGUCUGAAGACAUUGUUAUCCGAAGGAAGGCGAACUAUGCGAGGAGGGUGCCUCCACCUGACGCAGAAUCAACAAGUGCCCCUCAAAAGUUGGUUUUGGACAACACAGGGUCUGAAGACAUUGUUAUCCGAAGGAAGGCGAACUAUUCGAGGAGGGUGCCUCCACCUGACGCAGAAUCAACAAGUGCCCCUCAAAAGUUGGUUUUGUGCCAAAUUGCUAAAAUGGACAAGACAGGGUCUGAAGAAACGGUUACCCGAAGGAAGGCGAACUAUCCGAGGAGGGUGCCUCCACCUGACGCAGAAUCAACCAGUGCCCCUCAAAAGUUGGUUUUGUGCCAAAUUGCUAAAAUGGACAAGACAGGGUCUGAAGAAACGGUUACCCGAAGGAAGGCGAACUAUCCGAGGAGGGUGCCUCCACCUGACGCAGAAUCAACCAAUGCCCCUCAAAGCACGAGCCAGAGAGUGGCAGCGCCCAUCAAAAAGCGGUACCGCCCAGGAACUCGGGCACUGAUGGAAAUACGCAAGUACCAAAAAUCAUCUGCGCUGCUCAUGCAAAAGGCACCGUUUAUGCGGCUGGUGAGAGAAAUCUGCAUGGAACUUUCCCCACGCAAGCCACUCUCCUGGCAAAGCAAAGCUCUCAUGGCAUUACAGGAGGUCAGCAUUAGUAUCAGUGUAAAUGCUCACUGCAUUCUGUUUGGUUAA